UUGAUUUAUCAUUUGUUUUUUGACAGAUGUGAUUUGACAAAGACGUAAUGAUUUUAUAAUACACAUACUGUUGUAUCUCCCCUUUUAUAUUUAUUAGAUACUAUUUAUUGUUUACAUCAUUAUAUUUGAAAGUUAUACGACUUCCGCUGUCGUCUGAUAUGUAAAUUUCAAGUUUAUAAUGGGCGACGGUUUAAAGCUGUCCAAAGAUAAGCGCCAUAGGAGCUCGAGUAGCAUCGGUGGGAACGCCGUAGAAGGAACACGCUCAGAGCGGAAGCUGGAUUUAGCAGAAUCCAUUGCUGAAGUAGACGAUCAGUUUGCUUUAGCAGAAGCACGAUGCGAAAAUUUACAAGAAAAAAUCGAACUAGUAAAAGUGAUCAAAAGGAAGAAAAAACUUAAAAAGCUAAGUAUGACCCGCGUAAAUGAAGUGCCUGCGCCAACCGAAAAUAUGUCCUUCAUUACUGUAAAAACGCAACCAAAAAAGAAGGCAGUCCAAUCGCGGCAGCGUCGGCUAGAGGCGCCCAGCCUCGACUCUGCGGCAGAGGAGCAGCGCCGCAUGCUCGGCCAGGUGCGCGGCUACACCGAGGCCUACUACGAACCGCAGCAUUCUUACAAGCAAUCGCAAAAUAUGGAACCGAAUCUUCGGCGGAUGCGCGAUCAUAGGGCGCGUGCUGAUGGAGACAGGGUGACGUGCGGAAGGAGCCUUCAGAUCGAUAGUCCAGGCCUGACGCAGCCUAGGCCGACCGACCAGGAUGAUGCUCCGGAAAACGUAGAAUUUCGCCAACGCGACUUCUCGAGAUCGGUCAAAAAGACAUCGCCUGAAGUAAGGCCCCCAUCCCCGAAGCAGGUCGGACGUCGAAAGCAAGUUCCGAGGGACGUUCCAGCCAAAACAGUAAGGGAAAAGUGGAAGGAACGAACACGAGAGCAAGCAUGGCACACGUCUCCAGACCAGCGUGGCGUGCCUGCAUAUAAUAAUUUUGCGUCGCAGCUAGCCGGGGACGAGCCCGGCGAGAGGCCGGUGGUAGAGCUCUUCAACAACAAUAUGAAAAAUGGGGUGUCCACGUGGCAGUCCGCCGGCUUGGAGCGGAAGCUUAAAAAGGACGUACGAGACCCGACGCGACGCGGGAUGCGCACCGUUCGAGAGAAAUUUAGCGACCAAAGGACAGGCCCUUUGGGCGACGUGUCAACACAACCGGUAAAGGAAAAGGAGGCGCGGCACCCGCACAAGCUGAAAUAUCGUUGUCGUCGCUACGAGCUGCCGACCAUGGCCUCUCAGAUGAAGCAGGCGGGCGCGCGCUACUACCAAGGCACCGGCGCCUACCCCAACAUACCUUUUGUGGUCAGCAAGAGCACCGCCCCCUCGCACAACAUCGGCGUCAACAUACAGCAGGUGCUAAACGGCCUCAAAGUGCAGCAACCGUUAACUGGUAUUCCACCUACAAUAGCACAUCACAUGGGCUUAGGACAUAUUUCUACGUUUAUGGCUAAUAACAAUAUAGCGCCGGCCUUGUCAGAGCAUCGCGAGAUCAACACCAUCAGGCUAGGACGGCGGCUGGUGCGGCUCCCGUCGCACAAGUACAUGUCGUACAACCGCGCGCUUAACCUGUAUCGCGAGGGCGACGGCAUGGUGCCGCGCUUCCUGCGCGCCAUCAGUCGCCCGCACUACUUCUACACCUCCAUGUACAACAGCUUGGCUACGACUCGAGAGGACUUGGACGCCGCGACAUCGAAGGGCAACAACAUCGCCGCGCAGGAGGCCAAGCAGAGUCUGGCCGAGUACGCCAGCUUGUACCGCGAGUACGAGCAGCUGGACAAGACGCUCCGCGAAGGCAACUAUGAUCCAGAGUGGGAACGUCGGCGAGACGAAAUUUGGAAGGAACUAGCUUUGCGAGAGGAGCGUGUCCGCAAGAUGGUACAAGAUUACAGAGGAUCAGACGCGGAGCUAGCGCCCCUGCGCGCGUCCGCGUCCACCACCGAGGACGGCUGCCGCCGCCGUUCCUGCUACAAAUUAGGAGACCUGCAACAAUGAUGCCCACAACAUAAAAAUGAACAUAUGCCAAAUUUACUCCCACCCAUAAGUAGAAUUUUUAAGGUGAAUGGUCUUUUUUAUUAUUAGGCAAGUUUUUUUUUAGUUAAAAUGCAUCCGCAUAAUCUCAUUUAGUGCGAAUUAUAACAAUGAUAUUUGUCGAGGAAUUUCAGUUUUAAUUUAAAUUAUUUACUGGCCAUAUUUAAAAGUAUACACUACUUACCUCAAAAAUUUUUGGUUAAUAAUGAAAAUUCAUUGUUUUAAGGAGUAACCGGCAUAAAACCUAACUACGAACAGCAUUGAUCUUGUAGCACAUUCUGAUGUAGCGUUCCUAGCUAAAUAUUACAACAGACUUAAGUGAAAGAUAAAAAUAUGAUACAAUUUAAUUCCUUCAAUGCGUCUUCUUAUUAUGUUCCCAAGAUAUUAAAUAGGUACCUAAUUUAUCAUUACUAUUUGUCGAAUAUUUGCUAGAGCUUAAUUUAAGAUAUAUUUUAUCCAGAAAGUACGAGAUCACCUUUGAACCGAUGUGACAUUACUCGCUACUCAAGUAUUGGAUUGGGACGAAUAAUAUUUUUAUGAAUCAUUCUAUAUAAUUUAUUAUAUGUCUGAAUAUAAGUAAUUUAUGGAACAUAAUAGGAAAUUUAAAGUACUUACGCUGACGGAGUAUGUGCCUACAUAACUACCCGUACUUACUUAGAAUGUUUUAAGCAUUAUUGUAAUUAAUUCACAUAAUUAAUUGUUGUUUUUGUAGCCACAUUAAAAAUUAUUAGUAACUAUUUAAAAUAAAAUAAGAUAAAAUAUGCAAAGUAUGCCAAGAUAUUUAGUCAUUGAAAUAGUAAUAAAUAAAUUGGUAUCGA